GGAUCUUACGUUGCCCGGAGCCGGGAGGGUCCCGAUUUGGACAUCUUUAACCCCGUUGGGGUUCUCAAUCUUAAUGAGGGGUCUUGCGUGAGAUGAGGUUGAGCACACCGAGCACUAACAGAACUUGGCUGCGAACGCUAAGAACCGCGAUAACCUUCUCUGUUAGGAAGACACAGCGAAUGUUCUGCUCAAUGUCCCGCCUAGACCGGCCCCCUACGGACCCCACCCCGACGGCAGACUGAAGGAACUCGGUAAGCUAUCCCGAACGCUGCUGAAUGACGUGAGUCAGUGCUGGAGUCGCCUAAUGUCCCCCCAAGCUGUCCAUCUUGAGUUCGAGUACGGCGUACCUGAUCUGAAAUCGGAGUAUCAUUUAUUGACGAAACAAACAAAGAAACGGCCAUUCUUCUCUCAAGUUCAACUACCUACGGAAAUAACAUACACAACUUACCUUUGAACAUGGCACCGAAAUCCGUUCUCCUCGUCGGCGCCAAUGGCACGCUAGGCGCCAAAAUCCUAGACUCCCUGGUGGCCGCCAAAUCCUUCAAGCUCAGCGCCCUGAAGCGCGCCGGCUCCAAGAGCACCAUCGCGUACCCCGCAGACCAAGUUCAAGUUAUUGAAAUCGACAACGACCUCUCCUAUGAGGGUCUCAAAAAGGCAUUUACCGGCCAAGAAGUCGUCAUCGUCAGCUUCCGCCUGCGGGAUCUCGACCAGCACCUGCGCAUCGCCGAGGCGGCGUCCGCGGCGGGCGUGAAGCACUUUAUGCCCGCCGACUUCGGCAGCAUCGACGCCGAUAACCCCCGCGCGAGGGAGCUCAUCCCGCUGUACCGCUGGAAGCGCGCCGUGCGUCAAAAGGCGCAGGAACUGGCGGACAAGAACCCGGAUUUCGCGUGGACGGGUAUUGUCUGCGGGCACUUUUUCGACUGGGGUGUCAAGGAGGGUUUCUUGCACGCGUACCUCGACACCAAGAAGAUCGACGUCAUUGACGGCGGCGAUAUCAAGGCCUCUGUCGCGACACUGCCGAGGGUCGGCGAGGCUGUUGUGCGUAUUCUCAACUUGGGCGUUACCGAGGUGACGAAGAAUAAGACGCUUUUCAUUCAGAGCUUUUGCAUCACGCAGAACGAGCUGCUUCAGAGUUUGGAGAAGGCGACGGGGGCCAAGUGGACUGUCAACAAGGUCAAAUCUGAGAGCUUCAUCGCGGAACACAAGGUCAAGGCCGAUGCGGGUGACGCUGAGGCGAUUGAGGACCUUGUCUUCGCUGUCGGGCAAUUAGAUGCAAACUGGACGAAGCGCGAUGACUUUGCCAUGAAGUCUUUGGGGCUAGAGGAUGAGGAUUUGGACACUGUUAUUGCGGAUGUUGUCGCCAAUCCAGCAGUUUAAGGG